AUGAAGACUGGACAGCCGAAGAUGAGGUUCUCAGUGAUGCACAUUUAGAGAAGAGAGACAAGAAUGUGAGUGCUAUCGUUGGAACUAGUGGUGUCAAUGUGGCUGAGAAUGUGAUGGUUGAAGACAAUGAGGCAAUGUUUGGGGCAAUUGACUUCGACGAAGAAGUGAUUGGAUAUGAAGCAAACUCAGAUGAUGAGGCUAAAAGAAUGAAGUUUCGAGAGUUCAAUUCUAAGACAGACAUGAAAGACCCUCAGUUUUGUGUUGGGAUGAUCUUCGCUAAUGCUAGGAUAUUGAGAGCUGUUAUAAGAGAGAGGGCAAUACAAAAGGGUUGGGAGGCAGCAUUUUACAAGAGCGAUAGGAAGAGGAAUCCCUACGACAAACUAUGUCCUCAGAAGUGCAGGCCAAAGUUUCAGAGCAAAAGGCGUAUAGAACAAAGAAGGCUGCUAUUGGGUUUGGUGGAGAAAUCACACAAGGAGCAAUAUUCAAGGGUCAUAGACUAUGCUGCUGAACUGAAGAGGGUUGAUCCAGACACAACAGUCGACAUCAAAUGCUCCUUCAGUAACCCUGGUCAGUGUCCUGUUUUCAAAAGAAUGUAUGUAUGUCUGGGUGCAUGCAAAAUGGGUUUUAUAUCAGGUUGUAGGUCAUUGUUAGGUCUGGAUGGUUGUCAUCUUAAGAGUCCAUAUGGAGGGCAACUUUUGUCAGCAGUUGGGUUAGAUGCAAAUAACACUACUUGGGUAGUAGCUUAUACAAUGGUGGAGCAAGAAAGCAAGGAUAGUUGGAUGUGGUUUCUUGAACUUUUGGCUAAAGAUAUAAACAUAACCAGUCAAGGAGCUGGGUGGACAUUCAUUUCUGAUAAGCAAAAAGGGAUUUUGCCAGCUUUUGAGAGAGUCUUACCAUAUGCAGAUCAUAGAUUUUGUGUCAGGCAUCUGUGGACUAACUUUAACAAGAAAUUUCCUGGAAAAGUAUUGAAGGACCAGUUAUGGGCCAUUGCGAAGUCAACCACGAUGGCUUACUUUGAUAAGGAGAUGAUACUCAUGAAUCAAAUGGAACCAAGAGCUUAUAAAUGGAUAACAGAUCCUCUAAGACCUGCGAAACAUUGGUCCAGGGCACAUUUCAACACUGUUGUGAAAUGUGACGUCCUUCUUAACAAUCUCUGUGAGAGUUUCAAUGCAUUUAUUCUGCCUGCAAGAACAAAGCCAGUGAUAACAAUGUUUGAGGAUAUAAGGGUGAGACUGAUGAAGAGGGUUCACACAAGGAGAGAUAAGAUGAUGAAGAUUCAGGAUCCUAUAUGCCCUAAACCAAGAGAAAUAUUGGAGAAGAACAAAGUUAAAGCUGCAACAGAUUGCAUUCCAACUGGUUCAGGUAGUGCAAAGAUUGAAGUGGAAAGCAUAGGAGGAUCUAAAUAUGUAGUUGAUCUUCAGAGAAGAACUUGUGCCUGUAGGAGAUGGGAUUUGAGUGGCAUCCCCUGCAAACAUGUUGUGUCUACCAUCUACUUCAUGAGGCUGAAACCUGAGGACUUUGUUGAUCCUUGUUAUAGAACAAAGACAUACAUGGAUAUAUAUUCCAACACAAUUAAGCCGGUAAAUGGAAUGGAUUUGUGGGCUAGGACUGGCAAUGAUGCAAUUCUUCCUCCCAGGUACAACAGACAGCCUGGCAGGCCAAAGAAUAUGAGAACUAAGGAUGCAUUUGAGAAGGCUACUGAUGGAACUAAGCUGGGAAGGAUUCAAAAUUCACUAAGGUGCAGCAAUUGUGGUACCUUGGGGCACAAUAUCAAGACUUGUCACAGGCACUUGCCACCGAAGGAGAAUAUCAGCAAAAAAAGGAAGUUAAACAGUGGAAAGGGAACCUCUUCUACACUCCAGGCUAAGGGUACCAAGAAGCCUCCUUUAACAAAGGAUGAGAAAAGGGCUAAACUUAAGAAAAGGGCAGAAAAGCUUAAGGAGAAGGUUGUAGCAAAGACUGUUGCGAAAGCAACCACAAAGUCAUCGACUGCCUCAACAACUACACAAGUUGCUUCAGCUAAGAACAAGGGAGCUGCUUCUACAAAGUCUUCGACACCUACAAGGUCAUCAAAGAGGAUUAGAGGUGGAGACAAGCAG